UCGCUUGUUUCUUAGCUUCUAGAUAUGGGAAGGUUAAUCCGGUCGCAUCAAAUCCUUUGUCUCCUCUUAGUGUUAAUCUUGCCUUUUGGAGUCGAUUGUUCUCUGAGUUUCUCUUCCCCUUCUCUUAAUUAUUCAACUCCUUUAUGCCUACCAGAAGACAGCUCUGCCUUGCUCCAAUUCAAGAACACCAUUUCUAUUGAUGAUUCUGACGAUCCUUUCUGUCGUGAGUCAAUGACUUCCUCCCCCAGGACAAACUCCUGGAAGGACAGCACAAACUGCUGCUCAUGGGAGGGAAUCACGUGCGACAAGGUGACAGGUCAUGUGAUCGGUCUCGACCUUAGUUGCUCUUUGCUUGUUGGCUCUCUUCCUGCAAACAGCACCCUCUUCCUCCUUAGAGGACUCCAACAACUCAACCUUGCUCGUAACAAUUUCCAGCAGUCACAACUUCCUCCCACUUUGUUCAACCUCACAGAACUUACUUAUUUAGAUUUAUCAUUCAAUAGACUAGAAGGUCUCCUCCCAAAUCAUGUAAGUGGGCUUCAGAAUCUAAAAAAAUUCCGCUUAACUGACAACUUAUUAAGUGGUGGAAUUCCAUCUUGGCUUUUUUCUCUGCCAUUUUUAGAAUAUUUAGACCUCAGCCAUAACAGGCUCACUGGUCCAAUCGAGCAGAUUCAAAAGUCUAAUUCAAUUCAACGACUUCAUUUGGCAAAUAAUGACAUACAUGGUGAAAUACCAAGUUCUUUCUUUGAUCUAGCAAAUCUUACUUAUCUUGAUCUUUCUUCAAACAACUUGAGUGGCAGCAUCAAGUCAGAUAUGCUUCCAAAGCUCGAGAAUCUUGAAACACUCGAUCUUUCAUCAAAUAAUUUUAGUGGUGUCAUCAAGUCAGAUCUUCUUUCAAAGCUCAGGAAUCUUAAAACACUUCAUCUUUCAAAUAACAAGCUGCUAUCGUUGAGUAGUGGCAGUGAUGUUAACCAUACUUUUCAAGAGCUGGAGACCUUAUCAUUCUCUUCUUGCAAUGUAAAUCGAUUCCCGAAUUUUUUAAGAACAGGGAAGAACUUGAAAGAUCUUGAUCUUUCCUGUAACAAAAUUCGUGGCUCCAUUUUCAGGUGGGAAUUAGAAGGUUGGGAACAAUUGACCACUUUAAAUCUUUCUUACAACUUACUGACUAGUUUAGAGCAAUUUCCAGGGAAUAAUCUUAAAACCCUUGAUCUUCGUUCCAACCUACUCCAAGGUCCACUGCUAGUUCCACCCCCUUCAUUGCGACAACUCUUCAUUUCAAAUAAUAGUUUGACAGGAAAAAUCCCUCCUUUGAUUUGUAAUAUGACUUCACUUAAUACUCUUGAUUUGUCUAUAAAUAAUUUGGGUGGAAUUAUUCCAACAUGCCUCGGAAAUUUUAGCUAUUCUCUCUCAACCAUAAACCUACGGAUGAAUGACUUUCAUGGCAAAAUCCCCGAUUACUUUGUUGAGGGUAAUUUGUUGACGUAUCUUGACCUUAGUGACAACCAAUUCGAAGGGUUACUACCACGAUCCUUGAUUAACUGUACUUUUUUGAGAAUUUUAGAUUUGGCAAAUAACAAAUUAAGCGAUACCUUUCCCCAUUGGUUAGGUGUACUUCCACAGCUGCAAGUUCUUAUCCUUGGAUUUAAUAGAUUUCAUGGACCCCUGGACAACUCGAUAGUUACACCUCCUUUUCUGUCAUUGCAAAUAAUCGAUCUCUCUCAAAAUGAGUUUAGUGGCCUCUUGCCAACAAAUUUCUUCCAAAAUCUAUAUGCUAUGAAAUCUGCCCGAGAAGGUAGUCUUCCAGACAUAGUCAAAAGAAUUCGUUAUGAAAGUCCAAUCGAUAGAGAUGGUCAGACUUCUGUCAAUGUGAGAUUUAAAAGGUUAGAGAUGAAGCUAGAGCUGGAAAAAACAUUGCUCAUUUUCUUUGCCAUAGAUUUUUCAAACAAUCGAUUAUCUGGAAAAAUCCCUGGGGUCAUUGGAGAGCUUUGCUCAUUGCGAUUGCUCAACCUCUCUCACAACAUCUUGACCGGUCAUAUCCCAUCAUCGCUGGGGAACUUGGUAGUGCUUGAAUCAUUAGAUCUCUCAUCAAACAAGCUUGGCGGUAGAAUUCCUUCCCAAAUGACAAACUUGACAUUUCUUGAAGUGCUAAAUGUUUCGGAAAAUGAUCUUGCAGGACCCAUUCCCAGUGGGAACCAAUUUAACACUUUUGAUAAUGAUUCCUAUAGCGGCAACAUGGGAUUGUGUCGCUUGCCAUUGUCAAAGCAAUGCGGCAACGACGAGAGAUCAAAAUCUCCUGCACCAAAGUUGAUGGAAGAUGAAGGUUCUGCAAUAGCUUUCAUUUGGAAACUUGCAAUGAUGGGUUACGGAUGUGGAGUGGUGCUAGGCUUGAGCACGGGAUACGUUGUGUUCACAACUGGAAGACCGUGGGGGUUGGUGAGAAUGGUUGAGAGAGAUUGGCAAAAGAAUGUUUCAAAGUGGAUUAAAAGAAGAAGAAACUAGCACUGCAUCCAAAAUGCUUAGUGGCGUUUUGAACUGAAUCCGAAGGAAGAUGGACCCGUGGUUCUGGGUUCAUUUCCGUGGCAGUGGUUCGAAUAAUGGGGGUGUUCUUAGUGGAUAGCUUGCUUUAUUUGUUCGGCUUUGAUCAUAUUACUUGUGUUCGAAUAAUGGGUGUCUUUAUUUGUAAACUUUUUAACUAGAUUAUGAGAUUAUGAUAAAUUAAUGUUUAGACUUUCUGAAAUUACUUAUCAGUAUUUUUUGGGGUAUGUUGAAGU